CUAAUGGAUCCUGGCUGGGGAGCCUGGAGGUCGAGGGAAGUAACUAGUUUUCUGCCUGGCAUGCCCCUGUACAGGAGAGAUGCCACUAGGCGAGGUGGCCCAGAAGCCUUUCCAUUCCCUCCAGUGGAGACCCCUGUCCGGGACCGAGCCCUGUAGGGCGAUCCCAGGCUCCUCCCACUUGCCUCUCCUUAAUCUGGGCACUGGGACAGAGGUCAACGCUGAACUCCAGGCCCCAUAGGAAGGGACCAGUGGGCUCCUGACCCUGGAUUCCACUGCGUUCGUGUCCUGAACCCUGAUCGACUGUUGUGAUCACGCCACGUUUCCCCUCACUGCCUCGUCGAUCUCCGCUGAUCAUAGGUCGAGGCUUUGCUGGAACCCCAGCAAUUGCUGGAUUUGCGCCAGCGGUGGUCAGGCAGUUGGGCAGGAAAAUUUUCAAGGGCGUGUACUCCCACUGUGAGCCAAGUCUAUUCCCAACACUUGACACAGUGCUGCAGCUGCGUGAGUGGACAGGCGGAAUUUGACAAAGCUGCUGAGGAGGUGAAGCGCCUCAAGACCCAGCCAAGUGACGAAGAGAUGCUCUUCAUCUACAGCCACUUCAAACAAGCUACCGUGGGCGACGUAAAUACAGAUCGGCCCGGGCUUUUGGACCUCAAAGGCAAGGCCAAGUGGGAUUCAUGGAAUAAGCUGAAAGGAACUUCCAAGGAGAGCGCCAUGAAAACCUACGUGGAAAAAGUGGAAGAGCUGAAGAAGAAAUACGGAAUCUAGAAGACCAGCCACACGGUGACCCGUGAGGACAUAAUGCCUUGGUGUUUUUCUAAUGUAGAUGAUACGGCUCCGAUAAGUUAGGGCCGGGAUUAAUUGCUGACCCUCCUCCCUGUGUAGAUUUUACCUGAAAUCAAUUAAAAGUACAUUUGUUACUGUA